AAAGAGCCAUUUAUCAAAAGGGCAGGGAUCUGGGCUCCCAGAGUUACUUCAAGGAUUGAUAAGUACGGGGCUGGUUAAUGAUCAAUGCCUCCCCUGGACGUCUGAAUGGGCCCGCUGGCCGCCUUCCUCCCCUGGUGGCUUCCAUUGCCUGGGGAACAAUGAACUGUUCGCUGUUCGCUACCACACGAAGGCAGGAGGUGGCGUCUGCUCUGAUCUCUGCCUCCAGCUGGAGCGAGUGGGGCUGGGGAGCUUUUGGAGGACUUCGGCCGGGGUUCCUCCUGCGGACCCCGUUUGCGGCUUUGCAAACCUCACGGGAGGCGAUGAAGCUUCUGGAGAUGCAUGAGCAAGAAGCGAAACCCUGGCCUUAAGAUUCCAAAAGAAGCGUUUGAACAGCCUCAGACCAGCUCCACGCCACCUCGAGAUUUAGACUCCAAGGCUUGCAUUUCUAUUGGAAAUCAGAACUUUGAGGUGAAGGCAGAUGACCUGGAGCCCAUAGUGGAGCUGGGACGAGGUGCGUACGGGGUGGUGGAGAAGAUGCGGCAUGUACCCAGCGGGCAGAUCAUGGCAGUGAAGAGGAUCCGGGCCACAGUAAAUAGUCAGGAGCAGAAACGGCUACUGAUGGAUCUGGAUGUUUCCAUGAGGACAGUGGACUGUCCGUUUACCGUCACCUUCUACGGUGCGCUCUUCCGGGAGGGCGAUGUGUGGAUCUGCAUGGAGCUCAUGGAUACGUCACUAGAUAAAUUCUACAAACAAGUCAUUGAUAAAGGCCAAACAAUUCCAGAGGAUAUCUUAGGGAAGAUAGCAGUUUCUAUUGUAAAAGCAUUAGAACAUUUACACAGUAAGCUCUCUGUUAUCCAUCGAGAUGUCAAACCUUCUAAUGUGCUCAUCAACACGCUGGGUCAAGUGAAGAUGUGUGAUUUUGGAAUCAGCGGCUACUUGGUGGACUCCGUUGCCAAAACAAUUGACGCAGGUUGCAAACCAUACAUGGCUCCUGAACGAAUAAACCCGGAGCUCAAUCAGAAGGGCUACAGUGUGAAGUCUGACAUUUGGAGUCUGGGCAUCACAAUGAUUGAGCUGGCCAUCCUUCGGUUUCCCUACGACUCUUGGGGAACCCCCUUCCAGCAGCUAAAGCAGGUGGUAGAAGAGCCAUCCCCCCAGCUCCCCGCAGACAAGUUCUCCGCAGAGUUGGUUGACUUUACCUCACAGUGCUUGAAGAAAAAUUCCAAAGAACGGCCCACGUAUCCAGAGCUUAUGCAACAUCCAUUUUUCACCCUACAUGAAUCCAAAGCAACAGACGUGGCAUCUUUUGUAAAACUGAUACUUGGGGACUAAAAAAUCAUGGACUUAACUGGUUGACUCUACUGUGGAUUGGUGGGUUUACAGGGUUAAGUGAGUUCACUACAGCGCCAACAGAAAGUCAUCUUGAGAUCAUUGAACCCUGCCUUUUUGAGAGUUUUCUCUUUCUAUUUUUUUUUUCUUUUCCCUUUCCAAAGGGGGCCUUGGAAUCUCUAGUAUAGAAUGAACUUUCUAGAUGGAUUAAAUAUGAUAAAGGCUUAGGACUUGAAAAGGUGAUUAAAUAUUUAAUCAGACAAGUCCUCAAGCUUCUCAGAUUUCUCGUGUUCUUCACAAAAUGAAUGCAUUGGCCCUGGUAACAAGGUGCUACAGUAGUGAUGAAAUUGUAAAGUAGAUUUGUAGUGUAUCCCAUUUAUUAUUUUAAUAUUUAUGUUUCAGUGCUUGGUUGGAAAUAUUCCAUUUUAUGCAAGAAGGGAGAUACAGAGACAAGGCUCACUUGGCAGUAUUUAUAGGGCUUUUAUUUUUUAAGUUCAAUCAUGUCUGUGGUCCAGAGAAAGUUAUUUAAUAUGCAUUGUAAGAAUAUUAUAAAAAUCUCAGUGGAAGGGGCUCUUCCCGGGGGCAUGGCCUGCAGCUCUCCCAGCUGCUGCUCCUGACCUUCAACUCGAUCUUGGGUAAUCACUAGCAUCUUCCGAAUGAAAUGUCAAAGUAUCUUGAUCCUACCGCCCCCCCCCACCUUCCAACUUUGGAAAACAUGAAAGUCACUUGUAUUAUGACUCAAAGAGUUAAAAAACAACAACAACAAUGGUUCUCUUCAAAUUUGUGGAAUAGUUUUAGUGGAAAAUGAAAACAAUGAAAAGUGAUGUGCUUUUUAUAUUUACUUACGCUUUUCUCUGUGUAUGUGUUUGUAUAUGUGUGUGUGUGUGUGUGUGUGUGUGUGUACGCCUGUUAAACCAAGUCCUACCAAGUGGCUUCCAGGAACACUUAUGUUAGUUAGAAGGACACCUGUCAGUCAUGACAGGAUACAGGAACUCACAGAGAGAAGAGAAAUGGCGCUUUCAGCCCUCGUGCCUCCUCAAUGGAUCUGCCCCGAGGCCCGCCUUCGUAGUUCAUGAACUGUCCUGCUUUGCUUGUCUGUUCUCAUGCUCGAGGAAGAAGACUUAUUAUGAGAAGGGUUGAGAUAGGAGAAGAUAAAAGGCAGCAGUCUUUCGAUGAAGUGAAAUUUUAACGUGGAAUCCUGCCUCGGAAAAGACUACCAAGUUGUCACAGGCUCAGGCCACGCCACAUAUUUCUACAGCGUCAUGGAAGUAGCUAGCUCCACUGUCAAGUUUCUUGCCUGUUGUGAUGAAGGGCCUGUUGUGUGAAGAAUCUUUAAUUCUUGUGAUUAAAGAUGCCAUGAGUUCUCCAGUUUAAGCUUAUGUGGUUCUCUAGAAUUGAGACAUUUUAUGAGUGUCGGGGAAACGAUAGACUUUUGCUAAAUAGUGAGGAACAGUUGCUUUGGUGCAGGAUUAAUACAAGGCAGUUACUAUUAGAAUACCGAGAUCAGGAACAGUUGCUUUGGGACAGUUUUAAAACAAGGCAGUUACUAUGGGGAUACCGGCACUGCGUGUUGAUAAAAAAUGGAAGAAUGAAAAAUACUCACGUCUUUUCUAACCCCUUCCCUGACCUCUUGGAAUUGUUCUUUCUAUCCCCUCUAGAUUUUGAAGCACAAACAUUUCAGUUUUUACUGCGUUAUUUGCAUCCUCAGGACUCUCUUGCACAGGACGCUGGCUUAGACUGUGUCUGACACUUCAACAUCUCCUUCAUUUUCUGUUUGAAGGGAUACCCAUUGGCAGGGCUGAGGAGGGCUGUCAGCAAAGCACUUGCCUCUCAAGUGUGAGGCUGUGCAUUCAGCCCCCUGGAACCCACACCCAAAGUGCCCAAAGGCAAUGUGGCACAGGCCUGUGAUCUCAAGGAUGGUGAGAUAACAGGCUGAGGCAGGACAGUCUGGGGAAGCCUACGAAUCACUUAGCCUGGCCGACUGACGUGCUGGAAUCCCAGGCCAGUGAGAGACUGUCUCCAGAAACAAUUUAAAUGCACCCAAGGACAGAUAACUGAGGCCGUCCUCUGACCUUCACAAGUGUGCUCCGCGUGGCACACUCUCCAUACCCCCAAAUGCUCACCCCAUUCCUGCUUGAUUAAGCAUGGCUUCAUCUCCUCUAAAGACACAUCUGUUUUAUUCAUUUCUCACCAGAAAAGUGGUAUUAUCCUCGUGAUCGUGUCCGUUCAAUUUCCCACCCACCGUUCUGCAUCUAAAAGUUUCCCUCUUUGACAUAGAGAGAACUCACAUAUGCCUUCCUGCUCUGUUUACUCAUCUUAUAAGAAUGGGAAGGAAUGUGGGGAAAGCCUGGGGGGCCAUCUUGGAGCCGUCUUGCAACGUCUAGCGAAACUCCUGAGGUAAAUCAUCUCUUUGCUCUGGAUCUGAUUGUUCGUCCUCAGUUGCCUGCUUUGAAACACGUCUAACAAAGAACACGUUUUGUACUAUGUGCCUCUGUGGUCUGGCCUGUGAGCCCUGAGCAGGAACCUGUAAAACACCACAGUGCAAAGAACAGCUGGUUCAAACCUGAUGCGCUUUGGAACCAUUAAGGAGCCUGCGUGAGUGCCAAAGUCCUGGCCCUAGAAACUUGGAAAUAAUUGAUAUAGGUAGAGCCUUGGAUUUAGUACAUUAAAGAAGAAGGGGGGGGAGGGUCAUGUGUUCCCAGUACACAGCAGAGUUGAGGGUGCUGAUCAAUGCUCCCCUGAAAUGGAGGAGAGUAUGUACGGUAGUCAAAAUAGAUUGUUUCUAGUCCUUGCCCAUCUUCUAAAGCUAACAAGAAUUUGCACAUGCCAUUCCAAAGCUUCCUUAUAUUUGCGGUGCAGUGGUGGAUUGUCUCAGUAACUCCUUUUUCUUCCAUUUGAUGCUAUACUCCAAGGCAUUGAAUACUUCAGCAUAUCAAACAUUUAGGCCCAAGCUGCUUCACAGUACUCUUCUGAAUAUCACUCAGAUGUCAGUAUUUCUCCUGGAAAUUCAUAAUAUAUUGCCAUGCCUGGGUUAUUUCACACAAGGCUUGUGGACACUGGGCACAUGCAAUGCUGAAAUUUGCUCAGUCUUUGGCCAGUUGAGUUGUAAAGCUGAGUUCUUGGUCACAGUAUGAGGCCCCUGUACUGUUUCAUGAUCUAUGUUGUUGGUAGUUUGGUUUUGCCUGAAUUAAAGGUUGAAACCAUUCUUUGAUGUUUGUCGGUUGUGUGCUGCCAGAUGCCAUGGUGUAGGAAUGAAACAGAUGGAGCUGGGGAGGUGGCUCAGUAGGUGAAAUGUCUGCUGAGCCAGCAUGGGGCCUUGAGUUCAGAUCCCAGGUAUUCACGUAAAAGCCAGAUGUGGUAGCUUGUGCCUGUUACCCCGGUGCGGGGGCAGGGUGAAGAAGAGGCGGGCACCCAGGCAGAUCCCUGAAACUCGUUGGUCAGCCAGUCUAGCCAAAUCUGUUAGCUUCAGGUUCAGAGAAGGAUCUUGCUGAAAAAAAAAAACAAAAAACAAAAAAACAAAAAACAAAAACAAAAAAACCCCCCAAAACAAACCAAAGUUGGGGA